CUAGGCCCACAGAUUAUAUUAUAUUACAAGUCACAACACAAUUCGCCGGCAUUCACUAUUCGCUUCUGUUCGAGCGCUGUGUAGUCAUGACCAAGGUUAACAUUCCGAACUUCAAGCUCAACAAUGGGUUGGAAAUGCCAGCGUUGGGCUAUGGCACGUGGCUGGGCCUAGACGACAAGAAUGUGUUCAACAUCCAAGACGCACCGAAGUUGAUUGAGGCGUUGUCAUAUGCCAUAGACAUCGGCUACCGACACAUCGACACCGCGGAUCUCUACCGCGUUGAGCCGGAAAUCGGACGGGUCGUCAAGCAGAAAAUAUCAGAAGGCAUUGUCAAAAGGGAAGACUUGUUUAUUACUACUAAGGUGUGGCAACACAACCACCGCGAGGCUGACGUGGAGAAGUCAGUGCGGGCGUCGCUAAAGCGUCUCGACAUGGACUACGUCGACCUCGUUCUGAUGCACUGGCCAAUGUCCAUAUCUGUAGAUGGAGUGGAUGAGAAGAUCGACUACCUGGAGACAUACCGCGGGCUGGAGGCGGUGCUGCAGAAGGGACUGACUCGCGCCAUCGGAGUUUCCAACUUCAACCUGCAACAGAUGCAGCGGCUGCUCGCAAACUGCAACGUCGUGCCUGUCGUUAAUCAAAUUGAGAUAAAUCUAAACCUAGGUCAGAAAGAGCUGGUGGAGUAUUGCCAGUCGAAAGGUUUGGUUGUGGUCGGAUUUACUUCAUUUGGUACGAUGGUACCGGGCCGCGUGAUAUCAGGCAGUCCCGAGCCUAAACUUGAUAACCCAACGAUGGUUGCCAUUGCAAAAAAACACGGCAAAUCUGUCACACAAGUCGCCUUGAGAUAUCUGUACCAACGUGGUAUUGCCACUAUCCCGAAAUCUCUGACCAAAAAUCGUAUCUUAGAGAAUGCCUCCAUUUUUGAUUUCGAAUUGGACGAGAAAGAUGUCGCUGAAAUAGCAAAGUUCGACAUUGGAUAUCGCACUGACGUCCCGUCAUUCUGGCAAGAAUACGACAACUAUCCAUUCGAAAAGAUACCCAAUCCGGAAAAAGAAAUACCUUUGGUACUCCGCAAGUGUUACCAAGAACACUACAAUCUCUGUGCACAAGUUAGUAGUGUGGUGACAGUUAAUACACGCGCAAUGUUGUAUCUGUUGAUAUUAACAAUGGUGUAUACAGUGUUCUGCGACAGCAAUGAUGGCGGCAAAGCUCCAAGAAUUCUCCUUAAUGAUGGCAACACCAUGCCUGUUAUCGGUCUCGGGACAUUUUUAGGUUUCGAUGAGAACGGACAAAAACAAGUUAAAGACAGCGAAGUGGAACUUCCUGUCAUGUGGGCUCUUAACUCUGGAUACAGAUUAAUUGACACAGCAUCUUUAUAUUUCAACGAGGAACAAGUCGGUCGUGGUAUACGCAAAUCAUCUGUACCAAGAGAAAAUGUUUUUAUUGUCACAAAGCUUGGGUUAAACGAGCAGCGUCAUGUCCUGGAUGCGUUGCGAGCGUCAUUAGCUCGUCUCAACACUUCCUACGUUGAUCUUUAUCUUAUCCAUAAUCCGGUUGCACUUAAGGCCGACCAUAGUGGUUUCGAUGUGGUAGACUACGUAGACACGUGGCGCAGCAUGGAAGAAGCCAAGACGCUGGGUCUUGCCAAAUCCAUCGGCAUCUCCAACUUUAACAUCAGCCAGAUCGACCGCCUGCUCGACAACUGUCACAUAAAACCCGCCGUCUUGCAAGUUGAGGUGAAUUUAAAUUUAGCACAGAACAAACUAAUAGAACACGUUAAGAAAGAUAACAUAGCUGUUAUGGCGUACACACCUUUCGGGGGACUGUUCAGCAAGAGUCAAGGACCACCGCCACCGCGAAAGGACCACCCGGCUCUGGUCAAAUUGGCCAAUAAGUACGGGAAGACCACGCCUCAAAUUGUAUUACGUUAUCUCGUUCAAAGAGGUCUAAUACCAAUCCCGAAAACCGUUCACAAGGAACGAGUAGAGGAAAACAUAAAUAUAUUCGAUUUUGAACUAACGCCAGAAGAGAUGAAAUUAUUAGCGGAAUUCAACAAAGAUUAUCGCACAGUGUGGCCGAGUUUUUGGCAAGACCAUCCUUACUAUCCCUUUGAAAAGAAAGACGUACCCGAUCCUGACAUAUUUAAAGCUGGAUUGAAUGAAUAAUGAAAUACUAUCCAU